AUGGCUAUCUUCGGUUCUAGCCCGGCGUCGAAUGCCGGCAAUCGUCAGCUGCCGACUGCUCACCAACAAGCAACUUCCGCCGAUAUUGCUCCCUGGGCAAGUCGCCCACCCAACGAUGCUGACUUUGCACCUUGGGAGCAAGAUCCCCAGGCACAAAUGGGAGGCACCCGGCCGUUCAACCAGUCGUACUUCAACGAUGUCCCGAUGGGCCGGGAAGGACAAGGCUUGUCGAUGCGGCCAGACACAGCUAGGACGAAUAUCUCGGAUUAUCCCGACUUUGACAUCGAUGCACGACGGCCUUCCGUUGCCAGUGCCACGACAGUCAGCAGCACAGGCUCGCGGGGCAGCGCGGUCAAUGGACGGUAUCAUAAAAGCUUGAAGGGCUUCUUUGGCGAGGAUCCGAUGGAUUCAAGGCAAGGGUCGUCGUCAAAUCUCCCCGACCAAGAACCCCAAGGCAGUUUCACGGAGAAGCCGCCAGGCCAGCGUAGCAAUUCUGUGCAGACGCAGAACACGGUGGAAGACAGGCCCAAAACUCCAGCGCCCCCUCCUUCUAGUGAUGUGACGCCUUGGGCUUACCAGAACUUCGAGGAUGUUUCCAAUUUCGGGUCCGCGCCGAUACGGCAGGAGCAACAGAGCGAAUUUCUACAGUCCGGGGCUUCGAGCACUUCGUCCCAUCGACGUGGCCUCCUCCAUCGCCACACAAAGAGCAAGGAGGAUCCACCAAAGGGUCUGCUGCCUCCAACAUCUGUUCCCAAGAGACCUUCCACCAGUCGAGAAGCAUCCACAAGCAAUCUGGGGUCAUUUCGCAACACCCCGCAAACCAUGACGCCGAUGAGUUCCUCCACAGCGCUGAACCGCAAUGCAAGUCCCUCCCCUAGCUCUCGCAAAGAAAACCCCCCUCAGCCGGAGAAGAGAUCGCUAUUUUCGAAAUUGAAAUCGCGGCAUAAGGAGAAACAAUUACAGCCCCCCGAGCCCGUCAAGCCUAUUGUCGAGCCUGCCAGAUCCCCGGAAGAAUCGAAGAAGGGUAGGUCACAGUCGACUAGAUCUACGGAGACGCAAGCAGCGGAGAACAAGCGAGAUAGGGAAACAAGUAUCGCUUCCGUUGAUAGCGCUUCCACCAUCAAGCCCCCGGAUCCCUCGCCCAAAAUCGACCGGACCUUUACAUCCUCGUCCAAGUCCGGGAGAUUCACCCGUCAUGGCAAGCAUCGCGGACCAAGCGGUCAGAGUGAGGCCUCGGAAAAGGCCCGACUGGGGAAUCAGCAGGCGCCAAUGCAAGCAGGCGUCUUCAGUCUCGACACCAACUUCGAUGACCUGUCGGAUAUCAUUGCGCAACCGCAAGUGCCCCAAAUAUCUGGUGAUGCUGGCAUCUGGGCCGGCAAAGCCGCUGCCACCCCAGCUUCAGAACUGUCCGCACCCGCCUGGGAUGCGCCUGAUAGCUGGGCUGUCAAAGGCCAGGAAGAUGAGAUUCUCGAUAGUCUGCCUGAAGCUACCGAUAACGGCCUUCCGGCUAUCCAAGAGGAGGACGGCAUAUCCUACUUCAUGAGAGUUUUCAGAACAGAUGGCACCUUCGCGACCUUGUCGAUGUCAAUUAAUGCUACUGUAGCGGAAGUGCUGAAGUCUUUGGCAAAGAAGUCCGUCCUUCAUGAUUCCAUUGACAGCUACCAACUGCUCAUGCGCAAGCACCAACUCUCCAGACAGCUUGGGGCUUCCGAACGCCCCGUAGCCAUGCAGAAGAGACUGUUGCAACUUGCAGGUUAUACCGAGCGAGAUCACAUCGAAGACGUUGGUAGAGAAGACAACAGCUACCUCAUUCGGUUCACCUUCAGCCAUGAAAAGCAGACCGGGUACGGGAGCGGUCUCGAUAAUGACCCUGCAUUCAACAAGAUGCAGAAGUUUAGCCAUGUUGACCUGUCGGGCAAAUCACUCGUGACGAUUCCAAUCAUCCUCUACACGAAAGCCUCUGAGAUUAUUUCCAUCAACUUGUCACGGAACCUCGCCUUGCGAGUUCCCAAGGACUUUAUUACUGCCUGUAUCAAUCUCCGGGAGAUCAAGUACACGGGCAACGAGGCAUGGCGAUUGCCAGCUAGCCUGGCGUCGGCCACUCGACUGACCGUUCUUGAUGUUUCCAACAAUCGACUCGAGCAACUCGACCAUGCUGAGCUACACAGGCUUAUGGGACUUGUGAGUCUCAAGCUGGCGAACAAUCGACUUUCAGAGCUCCCACCCCCCUUCGCAUAUUUCCGGCAACUUCGCAGCCUCAACCUGUCGUCAAAUAACUUCACCACCUUCCCUGAACAUAUCUGCAACCUGAAAUCUUUAGUAGACCUUGAUAUAAGCUUUAAUAAGCUUUCGUCUCUGCCCAAGAUUUCUCAACUGACGACUCUCGAACGACUCUGGGUGACCAACAAUGACCUGAAAGGUCCUUUCAACGAGAGCUUUGCCAGUCUGACCAACCUCAAAGAGAUCGAUGCACGUUUCAAUGGCAUAACGAGCAUUGACAGCGUGACUCAGCUUCCGAACCUGGAGCAGCUACUGGUCGGACACAACAACAUAACCACAUUCAAGGGUUCCUUCGCAAAGCUCCGUAUUCUGGUGCUGGACCACUGCCCUGUCACGUCUUUCGAACUUGAUCAAGCUGUUCCAACUUUGACGAGCCUUAACAUUGCUUCAGCGAAGCUGGUUGAGUUCAAAGAGAGCAUGUUCGACUACAUGCCUAACCUGCAAAAGCUCAACCUGAACAAGAACCAUCUUUCGAAUAUGUCUACGCACAUUGGACGGCUGUCAAAAUUGGAGUACUUGAGUAUGGCCAAAAAUCCGCUCAAUAUAGUCCCAUCCUCGAUCGGAUGUCUUGUUGAGCUCAAGUUCCUCAAUCUUCGCGAAUGCAAUGUGAAGAGCCUGCCACCUGAGAUCUGGUAUUGCCGCAGAUUGGAAACUCUCAACCUUUCGUCCAAUGUUCUGGAGACUUUUCCCAAGCAGGGUGCAGCACCGCCUCCUCUUGAUGUCAAAGACCUGACCCCGACCACCACCCCGGGGUUAUCAACGUCGCCCAGCUUCGAGGAGCUUGGUAAACUUGAGGAUUUUCAAGCGCGGCGCCCCAGCCAGGCUUCCGCAGGGAUGAUGAGCAUUGGUAGCUCCCCAAGCAGCGGGCGCAAAAAUUCUGUUGCGUCGUCCAUCCAGCCUCACCGAAAGCCUUCGACGAUCUCACGGACUAAUACAGAAUAUUCCAUGAGCACCGCCACCCGGAAAGACUCCAACAUGUCGCAGGCAAGGCUUCAAAACACCUUUGCUGGAUCUCUCCGGUUCUUGUACCUUGCAGACAACCGGCUGGAUGACGACGUGUUCCGGGAAUUGGCCCUUCUCCCCGAACUGCGGGUGCUAAACUUGUCUUACAACGAACUCGACGACGUUCCUCAAGGUGUUUUGCGUCGUUGGCCCCAGCUAAGCGAGCUCUAUCUUUCAGGCAAUCGGCUUACAUCCCUGCCAUCGGAUGACCUCGAGGAGAGUAGCAACUUGAAGGUGUUGCACCUGAAUGCCAAUCGUUUUCAGGUCCUUCCUGCGGAGCUCUGCAACGUCCACAAGCUGUCGACAUUGGACGUGGGCAGCAAUGCCUUGAAAUACAAUGUCUCGAACUGGCCCUAUGAUUGGAACUGGAAUCGGAACACCAAUUUGAAAUACCUCAACUUUUCAGCCAACAGGCGAUUGGAGAUCAAGCCUGCUCAUCAAAACCCUACACAAUUCAACGCAAUGGAUCGUAACGAAACGACAGAUCUGACGAGUUUCAACACAUUGAAAUACCUACGAGUUCUGGGUCUCAUGGAUGUGACACUAUUGACGAAUACGAUUCCAGAUGACAAUGAGGAUCGCCGCGUCCGGACCUCUGCCUCGUUGGUUGGGGCACUUACGUACGGGAUGGCAGACACGUUGGGUAAGAACGAACACCUGUCCACUCUCGACCUGCUCAAACCAAACUUCCGAGGUCAGGACGACGAGAUCCUGAUUGCCAUUUUUGACGGCCAAACCAUGUCCAGUGGUGGUUCCAGGGUUGCAAAGUAUUUGCACGAGAACUUCUCGGGCGUCUUCGCCGGGGAGUUGAAAAAGCUUGAUAACUCCAAAGAGACUUCGCUUGAUGCCCUUAGACGGGCUUUCUUGAGCAUGAACAAGGAUAUGGCAAAUUUCGCCAGCAGCAAUUUUGACACCAAAGAACACCGGCUCGCGAACGGUCACCGAGGUUCUACUGUCGCUAACACCCUAGGGCCCGACGAUUUGAGCUCUGGAGGAGUGGCGACAGUGCUAUACUUCAAAGGUCAACAACUCUACGUGGCUAAUGUUGGUGACGUUGAUGCAAUUCUGAUUCAGUCGAAUGGUCAGCAUCGCCAGCUGACGCAGAAACACGACCCUGCUGAACCCGCCGAACGCGAGCGAAUCAGAGAGGCUGGGGGGUAUGUCUCACGACAGGGCAAACUCAAUGAAAGUCUCGAAGUCAGUCGAGCUUUUGGCUAUUACAGCCAUAUGCCAGCUGUUAUCGCCGCCCCACACACUCUCAAUUGCGAGGUCAGUGAAUCAGAUGAGCUCAUUGUUGUGGCUACUCGUGAGUUCUGGGACUAUGUCACGGUCGACGUGGCAGUUGAUGCGGCCCGGGCCGAGAAGGGUGAUCUUAUGCUGGCUGCGCAGAAGUUGAGAGACCUUGCCAUGGGCUUUGGCGCCAGGGAUAAGAUCAUGGUGAUGGUCCUAGGCAUUUCAGAUCUACGAAAGAGACGAGACCGUCGUUACCAUGGAACUAGUCUGUCCAUGGCGAGAGAAAUCGGACUCGAUGAGGGGGCGAUCUUUCCAAGCUCACGAAAAGCGAGACGCAAGGGCGAAACGCUUGUCGGUGACUCUCGGCUCGCCAGGCUAGAAGAACCGGAACCUCCUGUGGGGGAUGUUGCGAUAUGCUUCACGGACAUCAAGAACUCGACCGCACUAUGGGAGAUACUUCCGGUGCCCAUGAGAUCUGCGAUCAUGAUGCACAACGAGCUCAUGCGACGACAGCUUCGUAUCAUUGGUGGGUACGAGGUCAAGACCGAAGGUGACGCCUUCAUGGUGUCAUUUCCGACCGUCACGUCCGCCCUUCUAUGGGCUUUCAGUUGUCAAAGUCAUCUUCUGGAAUUGCCCUGGCCUACCGAGAUCCUGGAGACGGUGCAUUGUCAAGAAAAGCUUGACGCUGAUCGAAAUGUCAUUUAUCGAGGGCUGUCGGUGAGGAUGGGACUACAUUGGGGUCGGCCGGUGUGUGAACAGGAUCCGAUCACCCGCCGAAUGGAUUACUUUGGUCCUAUGGUCAACAAAGCUUCCCGUGUUUCCGCCGUCGCAGACGGUGGGCAAAUAAGCGUAAGCAGUGAUUUCAUCAACGAGAUUCAAAGGACCUUGGAAAGCUAUGCAGACGAUGAUCGCCGAGAUUCCACCGGCUCCGACGAGACGGUAAAUGAUGACCCGCUUGCAAAUCAGAUUCGCAGAGAACUUCGUCAACUCAGCAGCCAAGGCUUCGAAGUAAAAGACCUAGGAGAGAAGAAGUUGAAAGGACUGGAGAACCCUGAAUACCUCUACUUGAUCUAUCCACAUUCGCUUGCUGGCAGGCUAACGAUCCCACCUGGAGCUGAAAAGCAGGUUCAACUUGGGGAUACUGGUCCAGUAACGAACGAGGAUAAAGGCCAGCCGGGAAGCCUGGGCAAGGAUACUCAACUAAAGGAGUUACAGCUUGACGAAGUUUGGAAGCUCUGGGACAUUGCACUGCGGCUAGAAAUGCUGUGUAGCUGUCUGGAAGCCCCCGAGCGAGCGGCUGGACUCCACAAGCCCGAACUGAGCCUCCUUACCAGGAUGAAGGAGCGUGGGGGUGUGCAAACCGAUGGGUUUAUGAUGAAUCUGCUGGAGCAUCAGGUCACUCGAGUCGAGGCAUGCGCGACAACGCUACAACUUCGACAUAUGACCAGGCCCUUCCGCAAAGGAGUUGCACUCGUCGAUCAAGCAAUGCCCAUUGCGGAGAUUUUGAAUGAGGUAGCUACUCUCCUUGCAGAAGCAAGAGGCGCCAAGGAGGCUUUUACGCCAGAAACAGAGGAAGAAACGCAAUCGCUUGCAACACAGAGUCCAUGA